AUGCUUCGAAAUUCGUUGAGCAAAGUUUCAUCCAAUGUAAAAGCGAAAUGGAUGUGUGCGUCCUCGUCUGCAUCAGCGACAUCAUCAUUGUCUGCAUCUAAAUUUCGUCUUGUUGUGUUGCAAUCCAUCAUCGGAGGCAUGAGUAGAAAUUUCUCGUCCAUGAAUUCAAGAGCAUCAGGCAUAGCUUCAUUCAUAAAGGACAAUAAAUUGAAUGAUGAUCAAAAAAAGCAGCUCAAUGCUCUUCUUACAUCAUCAGAAUUAGGAGGAAAUGUCUUAAAGUAUAAAUUAAAUGAAUUGAAUAUUAAUUAUUCAAAUUCGGAAAUGGGAAGCAGGAAUCAUAUUGUUGCUGGUGUAGAUGAAAAUGGAAAUGUUCUUGGAUUUGAUCAUGUUACUUUGGACUCGUUGUGGGUGAAGAGAUCGGAGACUUCAACACUCACAGAUCCAUCGACUUUGGAACAAAUUCCUCUUGUCAAGAGAAACGUUACAGUAAGCCUUGGACGAGAUGAAGCCAUCGAGAGGGAGUUGGUUCAAGAGAGUAAAAAAGAUACAGAUCUUGUGUUUGCAAGAGGUGACUCCAAAUAUGGAAUUACUCUUUCAUUUGUGGAAGAAGGUGAUUCAAAUACUGCUGCCAUUAAUCAAGCGAUGGGAAUGGAGAUUGUUGGUACUUUUGGUUGUGUUUUUUCCCACUCUUCAAAUGUUGAAUAUGACAAGAGAGUUGUGGCUGUCAUUGAAGGGCAUACUUCCUUACAACAAGAAGUUGUUGGAGUUUUACAAGAAGAAUAUUCGCAGUAUCAAGUAUUGGAUGGAUCUUUUUGUAAUUUCAAAGAAGCAAAAACCGUGUAUCAAAGACCAGAAUCUGGAAAUUACUUUGUGAUUUAUAAGGAAGGUCAAAUUGUGGCAGGAGCAAAAUUUGUGGCACCUCAAGAUUUGAACAUUUUGAAUUGUGGUGAUGUAACUCUUGAUCGUGUUAUGGCAUUUUCACAAGUAUUCGGUUUCCAACGAACUCACUAUUCCAAAAACAGUUUUAGAAGUCUUAAAUUUGAUCAUUUAUACGCCAAAUCAGGCCAUGAAGACGAUUUGUGGACAUUGAUGAGAGUUGUCGCUUCUCGUUUCAGCCCCAAUCUUCAUUGGAUUCAAAUUGUUGGUGAUGCACGUGACUCUAAUUGGCUCAGAUAUUUGGGAAUUAAAAACUCAGACAACAAGAAUCAACAACCUUCCAACAAAUUCUUGGGAACCUUUGGAUUUUAUAACCCAAAAAGAUUUGAAGUUCAUGCCAAAACAUACUCGGUUGAAUCAGCGAUUGCAGACAAGAUUAAGACUGGACCUCUAAUGUUUCCAUCUGAUGUGGCCUUAUUGAAAUAA